AUGACUAAAGUGGCGUGGAUCCACAUCGACCGGCAGAUGAUCGUGACGAUCCACAAGCACGUGAUCGCGCGCGUGCCGCGCUUCAGCGUGUCGCACGACAACCAGAAGACGUGGCUGCUGCACGUGUCGGCCGUGCAGCAGGAGGACCGCGGCUACUACAUGUGCCAGGUCAACACCAACCCCAUGAUCAGCCAGGUCGGCUACCUGCAGGUUGUAGUGCCUCCAAACAUCGUGGACGAGGAGUCGACCGAGUCGGCGGUGGCGGUGCGGGAGCACCAGAACGCGACGCUCACGUGCAAGGCGGAUGGCUUCCCCGCGCCCAAAGUCAUGUGGCGGCGCGAGGACGGACAGCCCAUCGUGCUCUCCAGGCACAGCAAAGUGAACGUGCUGGACGGUGAGCAGCUGAGCCUGUCGCGCAUCUCGAGGACCGAGAUGGGGGCCUACCUCUGCAUCGCCACCAACGGCGUGCCGCCCUCUGUCAGCAAGAGGAUCACGGUCGACGUCGAGUUCCCGCCCAUGAUCUGGGUGCCGAACCAGCUGGUGGGCGCGCCGGCGGGCACCAACGUGACGCUGGACUGCCACACGGAGGCGCACCCGCGCGCCAUCACCUACUGGCUGCGCGCCGGCGCCAUGGUGCUGCCCGCCGCCGGCAAGCUGCGCCUCGAGGCCGCCGAGAACUCGUACCGCGGCCACAUGCGCCUCACGGUCGCCCAGCUGGCUGCGCCGCACGACUUCGGCAACUACCGCUGCAUCGCCAAGAACUCGCUCGGCGAGACGGAGGGCUCCAUCCGCCUCUACGAUUUAGGAGCUUCCACAGCAGAACUGAUUUAUGGGGAAACCCUACGCCUGCCACCAGAAGCUGCACCAUCGGCAGCAAAGGAUGGAGACACGCCCUACGUUCUGCAGCAAGUGUGGGGCCCGGACGCGUGUCUUCAGCAUCGGACCUCUCCGCACAGUGGCAGCGGCGGCGGCGGCGGCGGCGGCGGCAGACGCCGCAGCCCCCAGCUGCGGCUGCCGCCGAGUGCGCCGCCGUUUGUUUUCCAUUAUUUCGGGUAA